AUGCCGCCUCAGUCCGACAUAGUCAAUGGAGGUUCGAGUGGGGAGACAAUCGACUACAAGAGCAUAUUCCACUGGGCAGAGACGCAGAAAGAGGGCGAGAUACCUGCCUUUUACCUUCGGGAAAAUGACCCUUACGAGUAUCAAGCUGGCUUCGGAAAUGACUUUGAAUCUGAAGCAAUCCCCGGGACACUACCACGAGGUCAAAGCGCUCCACGUAAGGUUCGGUUUGGAUUAUACGCGGAACAAAUCACUGGCAGCGCUUUUGUCGCCCCCCGCAGAGUGCAAAAGAAGGCUUGGUUAUAUCGUGCACGACCGGCAGUUACAUACCAGAAUUUCACUGAAAUGCGAGAAAGACUGGACAUUGAAUCAAAUUUCCUGCCAAGCAACAAGGGAAUCCACCUGAGUCCGGCUCAGCUAGCCUGGUUACCACUCGACAUCCCUUCAGAGCGGACAACUUUCGUCGAGGGCCUAAAAACAAUGACAGGCGCUGGAGAUCCUACUUUACGUGCCGGAGUCUGUACGCACAUUUAUGUCUGCAACACAGACAUGGAGCGGACAGCAUUUGUCAAUUCAGAUGGCGAAUUCCUCAUCAUUCCACAGCAGGGAGCCUUGAACAUUCAAACAGAGUUUGGAAUGCUGUUCGUCCAACCGGGAGAAAUCUGUGUCAUACAGCGCGGUCAGCGUUACAGUGUGAGCUUGCCUGAUGGUCCAGCAAGAGGUUAUAUUCUUGAGAUUUGGGGGAGCUCCUUUGAACUACCAGAGCUAGGUCCGCUGGGCGGAGGUGGCUUAGCCAAUGUCAGGGACUUCCUCGUCCCCACGGCGAAGUAUGAAGUGAAGACCGACGGAGAGUGGAGGAUCGUGUAUAAACUCGGAGGGAGAUAUUUCUCCCUUACACAGCAACAUUCUCCGUUUGACGUUGUGGCAUGGCAUGGCAAUUAUGUCCCUUACAAGUAUGACCUCACCAAAUUCAUCACUGUUGGCUCUGUUUCAGUCGAUCACAUUGAUCCUUCGAUUUUCUGCGUUCUCGUCGCGAGAGGACAGGACUCUGCGACUCCUCUCGCCGAAUUUGGGGUGAUUGGACCACGGUGGGAUGUCGGCUCGUGGACUUUUCGCAGAGGUUAUUUCCACCGAAACGCGGCUUCAGAAUUCAUGGGCGUUAUCUAUGGCGGCCUCAACGGUCGGUCUGAUUCUUUUGUACCAGGUGCUGCAUCCUACGAAUGUGGCCAUGUGCCGCAUGGAACCGCCUACGAAGAAUACAAAGCCGUUACCGAGCAGGAACUCCCUCCACGACAGAUAUCCAAAGGAACCAUGGUUUUCGUCUUUGAGAGCAGCAUGCCGAUGAGUAUUACUGACUAUGCGUGGAACUCCAAGAAGAAGCAUGGGCAUGAUCCUAAGAUGUGGGAUCAACUUGUGGAUAAUUUCUCUAGCUAUCACCAGGAGAUUAAGGUUCUUGACAAAAAAGAAUGA